AACUCACGUAAACAGCUAUGCCUCAAUGUUUUCUUAGUGAAUGCAGCAGUGUGCAGGUGCACAAACUGUCACAAUGUUUAGAUGGACAAUGGACAAGAGUGGCUUUGGAAAGACCUCUAUAAACAGUGGGAUGAUGUCCUUCAAGUUGAAGUGGCUAAUUGUGAUCCAGCUCCUGCUUAAUGAGCAGGCACUGUGCAGGGUACCACCUCCUUUGGUGCGGAGGAGCAGUCUGUUUCAAGAAACUCACACCCCUAAAGAAACAGAAGAGACAAUCAAACAGGAUCAUCACCCUCUGCUGGAAACCCAGUCCUUGCCUACUCCUUCAUCCACAUACAAAUCUGUACCAGAUUCACCAGUUCCACAAAAAGAGGAAAGGGUCCACUCUGCUCAACGAAUGACAUCAAUCCUCAGGGCAAAGCUUCAGGGGAAGAUUAAAAAUAAUCUCCUCACUCAAGGGAAUGUCAGCUGUGAGGAAGUGCUGUCUGCAAGCACGUUGGAUGAUCCAUUAUCUUCAAUGUUCCCUCAGGAGCUGCUGGGUCUCUCUUUAGUGCCUGUGUUGGUGGUGGGGGGCUGCCCAAAGGAGGCUCAGACCCUUGUGCUGAAGCUUUAUGAUUUGCUAGGAGAGGCUGAUACAGAGGAGCUCCUGAUGGAGGUGGAGGCUCUCAUAGAGCACAGGAUGAGCAAGUUUGCAUCUACACCAGCACCUGCAUCAGCAGCAGAGAGAGAUGAAAUGAGGCACCAUAUGGAUGCUGUGAUGUUUAAUAUUGAGCAACUAGGUUUGGUGGGGGAAGGCAUCUCUAUGCAGGAUGCCCAUUGUGAAGGUUGGAUCAGGGUAAAUGGAACCAUGCUGGUGGGUAGCGUUGUGGAAGGAACCACAGGUGGACUGGACGAUGCUGUGAGCAGCUGUGAAAGACUGGGGAUUUUGUGUGCUGGGGUGACCAGUGGUGGCCAUCUUACACCUGGGAUGUACCAAGCAGUGCUAAAGAAAGGUAGCCGCAUUUUUCCAUCUUCAUCCCCUCAGACUGAAUCAUGGAUCCGCCAGUGCAGUGCCAAGGAUGAUGUUUUGAUCCCCACAGCUUUAGGUCAACGAAUGAAGCGCAGCUCUCAGAGGAACUGUGUUGACGAAAAUGAGGAGCAAGUGUAUAGCGUAGUGGAGUGGAUUCCUAUAGUCAGCACUCUCUACAGCCUUGGUACAGCUGUGUACUAUGCCUCAAUCAACUGCAAAGAAACAGCCAAGGAAAGAGCCAUCCUCGGUGCUGUUGACCUUGGAAUGGAUGCCCUGAAUGCAGUCACAGGUGGGGCUGCUGGGGUGGCAGGCUAUGCUUUGGGUGCAGGAGUGAAAACUGGAGUCAAGAAUCUGCUGAACUCCAUGAAGGAUGAGGAUUUGCUGUUGAACCAGAUCAGCAGGGAUGAUGUUGUCAUCACCAUCCGUAUUUAGAUACAUCUUUAAAUUGAGUUUAUCUAAUCUAGGUUACUUAAAAUGCCAGUAUACACAUUAAUGUAUUUUAAUUGACUAUCAAGCUACGUUUUUGUGACUUUUGUGCUCAAAACUAAUUUCACAUAACUGACCAUAAAAGCUAUUUAAGCUGUUACAUGUCAUUGUAACCUUUGUUUUCACAAUUUACACUAACAAUGUAAGGACUUCAGUUAGAGUAAAUCGUCACCAGUCCUAAUAAACUACAACCUCAGAAAAUAAGCUUUAAAACUUUGUUUAGAAAUUAUAUUUUUGUUUGUAAUUGCUAUCUGAACAAUUUGUCAUAUUAGGCAGCAACACAGAAGAACUGGUCUCAGGAAGCUAAACCUCGAACCCCUCAAAAUUUUAAUUUUGUCUUUUACCUGUAUUCUUUCCUCUGUUCAUCACCAGCUCUGGUGAAAUUGCAGGGACAGUAAAUUGAUAAAAAAUGUAAUUGUUUUUCAUGAUUUUGUUUGUUGUUAAAUCUUAAUAAACUGUAUAUGAUUUUUUAUGUGCAUAUUGUGAAGAUCAGUGUCUUAGUUCAGUAUAUUAUUAAAUCAUUAAUUUCUUAAGAAAUGACAUAUUGUAAACAGGAUGAUAUUUUCUGUAUAGAAUGACAAUAAAAAUCUCAACACCCAUUGAAUAAAAAAAUGAAACAUUUCCAGUAAAACAGACAAAAACAUACUUGUCAUAAAUUCAGAAUCAAAAUACGAUGUGCCCCUUCA